AUGGGAAAUUGUAUCACGGCUCACCACAACAGCAACAAAAUCGCCUCCCUCUCGCCACAAGAUGACGAAACCACGGAGAAGAAGCAGAAGCAGAAGCAGAAGAAGAGUGUGAGGUUCGUCAAAAGAGGUGACGACGACGAUGAGGAGCGUGGUGAAGAUGGAGGGAAGAGGUCACCGACGGCGGCGGCAGUGAGGAUUCGAGUUCUGGUGACGAAAAAUGAGUUGAGGGAGAUCCUGAAGCGGCACAGGGAGGAGCUGAGAUCGUCUUCCUUGGAGGAGCUGGUGAGGGCGGUGAAGGGGAGGAGAAUGGAAGAUGGUGGUGGUAAUUGUGAAGAUGGUGUGUGGAGGCCUGCUUUAGAGACGAUUCCGGAGGAUCAUUAG